AUUUUAAACCAAUCAUUGACUGAGUUUGUUCCGGUAAAUUUGUGUGUUGUUACUGAGCACCGGUAAACACUGUUCAUCGCUUGGCGGUACAACAUCAACUUGUCAUUCUCAGAUUCUCGAAGUAAACUCACAAAAAUGUAAGUAAAAGCUUGUUAAAGUACGAUAAACGAGAUCUUUAUACUUUUCUUUCAAAACUAUUAGCAGUGAAAAUGGCAGAUCGUAAAGCCGUCAUCAAGAAUGCCGAUAUGACUGAAGAUAUGCAGCAAGAUGCCAUUGACUGCGCUACUCAAGCCCUUGAAAAAUUCAACAUCGAGAAAGAUAUUGCGGCCUUCAUCAAGAAAGAAUUCGACAAAAAGUACAACCCAACUUGGCACUGCAUCGUUGGCAGAAACUUUGGUUCCUACGUUACUCAUGAAACCAAGCACUUUAUCUACUUUUAUCUCGGCCAAGUUGCUAUUCUCCUCUUCAAAUCUGGUUAA